UCGAAGCAACCUUGCCUUUGCAACUGUUUGCUGUCAGCAUCCAGAGCUAUGGCGUUUGCUAGUUGGUCGUAAUGGAGAAGAGAACUACAAGGCAGUCACUCAAACCUACAAACUUGGACGUUUGCUUGUUCUGCCAGAGGAAGUAUAAAAGAAAGAAAAAUAAGUGCGAGAAUCUGAAGCAGUGCCAAACCCUGGAGGCGGGAACCAAGAUAUACGAAGCUGCACUGAUCAAAGGAGACCAGCGUGUGUUACUUGAAGUUCAGGACGGCUCCAGGGACUGUAUAGCUGCAGAGCUUCUGUAUCACUUCACCUGCUAUAGAGACUUCGUAACUCUACCCAGUACUAAGGAGACACGGAAGACCAUCUACCAGCAAGCCUUUGACAGCAUAGUCCUGAAAGUGGAAGAUGGACUUGCUGAUAAAACCCAACUGUGUGCCAUGGACAUGGGUGACCUGACCAAAAUCGUACAAUGAAAAGCUACAUGAGCUGAGUGGCCAACCGCACCACUACCGUACGUCGUUAUUAAAGGACCGGUUGCGAAACCACUUCAACGAUGGUGUAAUGUUCGUGCGGUCUUCCGUUACGGAGUGCGAGUCCCUGGUUGCACGAGACCUUGAUGAAAGUGUGAUAUGCACGGUGCUGGGGAAAAGUGUGUCUGCGUCCAAGCGCAGAGCUGCAGACGAGAGCAGCGAUGGGUCCGGUGAGGAUAUAUUUAUACCUUCUGAUAGCCACACCCAGGAGCCCGCCGCGGGAGACUUGUUUCACGUGGCUAUGAAACUCCGCCGUGACAUAGAGCAUGCCUGCAAGCAUCUCCCCAGUGUGCCAGAAAUAUCACAGUGCACGCCCACCAAGUCCAUGACCUGGAUCCCUGAUUCAGUGUUUAACUUCCUGAUGUGGACAAUUGUUGGCCCUCAAGCUUGCAACGCUGGUGAGAGUAGCUUAGGUGACCGAAUGGAUGCCGCUGAUGACAGAGCACGGUCAAAGGUCAUGGCUAUUGCACAGGACAUCGUAUUUGCUGUGUCGCACGGUCGCGUUGUCCCACCCAAGCAGCUGGCACUGUCGAUGGCAACCAGGCACUUAACACGCAGUGCACGGUUAGUGUCAAUGCUAAAUCGAUUUGGCCAUGGUGUUUCGGACAGCAAAUUGCAUGAGAUCGAGACUGGCAUCGCUGAACGCACACUAGCUGAGGAUAUUCCGCUCCCGAGCAACAUCAAGGCAGGGAACGGCACCGUAUUCUUCUGCUGGGAUAACAACGACCUGGUGGAGGAGACCCUGACUGGUAUGGGCACCACCCACUGCACCAACGGCAUCGUCAUACAGCACCCCACUGCAAGUAAUGUCCCUGACACAGCACAGCCACAGCUUGUACCUGCUGUGGGCAGCAGUAAGAAGAAGAGGCCAGCCCGUUCUCUUUCUGUGGUACAGCAAGAGUUCCCACAGUAUAUCAUCGGAACGAGACCUGAACCACACACCGUCACUACCACUGCUAACACACCAACUAGAAGCCGGGAGUGGUUGAGCGGUGAGGAUUUUCUUUGGUUCCUGCUUCGCAGUGCAGAGAGCACCAGUAGAUUUGGCCGGCCCAGUGAUGAGCCACAGACGAUCCCGGUGUGGUCUAAGUUUAAUGCAGACCUCUACUGCCAGAACAAACCGGGACAGCCAUCCAAUAUUGGGUAUCUGCCAGUAAUCCCAGCUCCUCCAACAGAGCAUUCCACGAUACUGGAGGUACUCCGUCGCUCUGUGGCACUAACUCGGAGAUUGGACCAGCAGCAUUGCAUCAUAACCGGUGAUCAAGCAAUCUAUGCCAAGGCACUGGAAGUGCUUUCAAAGCACAAGGACGAGUUCAGUGAAGUAGUGUUGCGGUUAGGUGCGUUCCACACAGCGUGUGCUUUCAUGGUCGUCCUGGGCAAACGAUUUGGUGGUGCGGGUCUUGGCGACCUGCUGACAGAAGCCGGUGUGGUUGGCCCAAAUGCCUGCAAGCAGGUCCUCGCAGGCAAGCAUUACAACCGGGCAAUCAGAUGCCACAAACUGGUAUUUGAGGCAAUGUUGCAGCAAAACUGGGAAUUGUUUGAGGAGCACUUAGAAGACGACUAUUCUCCCCAUGUUGAUGAAGCUGCAAGUGACCUCCUUGGCCAGCUGGACGCCAUGCGAGAGACUGGCAAUUUCGCAGAAGGCCUACAGUGUGUACAGACAUCCGCCUUCAAGUCACUCAAGGAACGUUUCACCACAUUUAAUGACAACUUGAAGAAGACCUCACCAAUGGCCUGCUUCUGGCUCUCGUACAUGGAGAUGGUCAGUCUGCUGCUCGACUUCAUCCGUGCGAGCCGCAAUGGUGACUGGGUGCUGCACCUCACAGCUUUCAGGCAGAUGCUGAAAUGGUUUUUCGCGUACGACCACGUUAACUACGCUCGCUAUGGGAGCUACUAUGUGAACGACAUGGAGUGUUUGCCUGAAAGCCAUGAAUCGGCUCAAGAGUCCCUUGUCAGCGGUGACUUCUGUGUUUCGCGGUCACGCAACAGCUUCGCCCGAGUGCCGGUGGACCAGGCCAUCGAACAGCCCAUCAACAGAGACAGCAAAGGGAGAGGCGGAAUCGUUGGAUUCAGCAAGAAACCUGGUGCUGUUCACAGAUGGAUCCUGACCACCCAUGAACGAGCAAGCCUCACGAGCGCCUGCAGCAAGUUGGCUGGCCCAAUGCUGCACACCACGCAGGUCACCAAGGAGAGAACGGCACAGGUGAAGAGAGAUGAGCAGGAUCUUGUGUCUCUAAGCGAACUGCUCUACUCCUGGGGAAACCCAUUCAUCGGAGACAAGCUUGUAUCGCUCUCGUCUCGGACUGUUUGUUCCGAAAAAGCACAUGAUGAUCUGCUAAAUGCUGGCUCGAUCGGUGAAGCAGAUGUAUCCAAGUUUAUCCAAGAACGCUUGGUACAGAAGACGGCUUCAUUCUAUGACAAGAUUCCUGCCCACAGUCUGUCAACGUUCAGCACUUCAGGGCAGAAGAAGAAGAAGAAAUCAUCAAAGUUGCAAGCUUUGAAGAAUGAACGACAGCUGUUCACGACGCUCGUUAUUUUGGCCAAGCACAGAUCCAUUGACAUCAAGCACCUUGUCGAAUUUGAGCUAGGUCCACUGCCUUGGUCAAUAGCUACAGCCGACGGAUGUCCUGUGAGUACUCCAAAGUCAAAGCUGCUCUCUGACCUUGAGAAAGAUGUUGCACCUCUGGAGACUGUUCCUCAAGGCACUGCAGUUCUGAUUGACGCAAUGGCAGUCCUGCAAUCCUACACUUCAGUCCCCGGUACGUUUGGUGACCUCAGCAAAUUGGUGUUCAGGCAGUUGAUAUCCAACUUCACUCGCUUUGGCUCCAAGCGUGUCGACUUUGUCUCUGACUGCUACCAUCAACUGUCCAUCAAGUCUUCAGAGAGAGUGAAAAGGGCAUCGACCAACCAACCACUGCGCAUGCUUGUGCAGCGCCCCGAUCAAGAGACGCCGAAGCAAUGGAAGCGUUAUCUCAGUGAUCCUCAAAACAAGAUGGAACUCAUCAAGUUCUUUGCUGACCACUGGGCCUCGACAACAGAGUUCGCAACACUACUUGGAACAAACCGGCAUGUCUAUGUUACUGUUGGCCAACGGUGCUGGCUACUGAAAGUUGCUGACGCGUCAAACACAGUCGUCAACCGUGAGGAUGUACCUCAGCUGGCUGCCCCCCAUGAAGAAGCCGACUGUAGGUUGCUACUCCAUGCAGCUCACUGCUUUCAGCAUCAAGAGGAAGCAGUCGCCAUCUCCUCCCCUGAUACAGAUGUGGCUGUUCUAGCCAUUGGGCUGUGUGCAUCUCUUCAACAGCAGGUAAGAAAAGCAACUGACCUUGCACUGCAGUUUGUUGGUCAAUACCCUAAUACUAAAGCAAAGUAGUAGUUUCUGCUCACUCGUGAUUAAGUUUUGAAUUGAUGGAGGAUCAUGCAAUUCUGAUUCCUAGUAUAUGUCUACCUUGGACUUGCCUAUUUCUCCAUGAUAAUAAUUAUGUGCUGGAAAUCACCAAAAUCGCUAUGACUUUAUAUCACAUUUUAUAUUGCCGCUGCUCCCUGCCUGCAGGUGAUUUUCAAGACUGGAACAAGACAACGAGCACGUCUUGUGGAUAUCAAUGCUAUCGCUCAGAAACUGGGCCCAGCCGUAUCGGAUGCUCUUAUUGGUCUUCAUGCGUAUACUGGCUGUGAUAGUGUUAGUGCCUUUUCGGGGAAAGGAAAGUCCAGUGGCCUAGCAAUCAUCAAGACGGACGAAGUGCUUGCCUCUGUUAUGUCAAGACUUGGUCAGUCGUUCACCGUGGAUGCGUCACUCCUAGCAGCAUGCGAGACAUUCACCUGCCGUCUCUAUGGCUUUCCAGAUUCAACUGAAAUCAAUGCUGUUCGCUACAAGCUCCUGUGUGCUAAUGCCACCACCCCAGAACGACUGCCACCAUCUCAGAACGCACUGAAGCAGCAUGUACAUCGUGCAAACUACCAAGCAGCAGUCUGGCGAGGUGCUUUGCGCAACGACUUGGUCCAGCCAACUCCAGUUGGAAAUGGAUGGGUUCAAUCAUCCGAUGGAAUGUUGCAAAUUCAAUGGAUGACUCAGGAGGCUACCCCCAAGGAUAUCCGUGACCUUAUCACAUGUGGCUGCAAGACAGGAUGCAUGAGCAAUCGGAGAUGCAAAUGCCGCAAGAAUGGUUUGCCAUGUGCAGAUGUAUGCAAAUGCACAUUGACGGCAUGCACGAAUCGCCCUGUACCUGUACAGCAAACAC